GGAGAGCAUCAAAAACACGUUCUGAGAUUCAACGGGUCCAAAUAUGGAUCUUGGGGCUUUUGUGGCAACCUGGGUGGGGAAAUGUCUGAAUGAGAUGUUAUGCCGAGGGUAUGAUUCCUAGACACACAUGACCGAUCUCCCUGGAUAUAUUCAGUAUUGCUCUUGAUUUUCCCCACCUCCUAUCAUAAGAAAGACACAAAAGCCCGUCAAACACGGGGCUGUCGACUCUUUUAGCACAGGCGUUGAUUUACAAGUCUUGAGGAUGGGGGUUGAACCCAAAUCAACUGGGAAGGUUGUGUUUCCGUUGUCUUCUUUCAGGGUGGAUGAACUAGCGGGGUGUGAUUAUAUAUGCUUUGGUAAGCUGAGUUAGAAAAGACACAUUCUGCAGGGUUUCUUUUGGAUGUAUUCCAUACCAGCCCAGCAUCUGCCUUGAAGCACAUCAUGUAAACAGAAAAGAUAUUUUGAUGGCAUGACGAAUCCGAUGGAAGAAAAGAGAACGUGCUAUGUAACUAAACCCCAGGUCAGAUCUGCUUUUGGAAUACAUUCAAGAAGAUGUAUGGAUCUAUUUUUUUCCCUUAUUCCUAUAUAUAUAGAUUAUGAGACUUGACUGAGGCAACCUUCUUAAUCUUCCAUCCAUCUAUGGCGAACUACAGCCAUGCAGCUGACAACAUUUUGCAAAAUCUUUCCCCUUUAACAGCAUUUUUGAAAUUGACUUCUCUGGGAUUCAUCAUAGGAGUCAGUGUAGUGGGGAACCUCCUGAUCUCCAUUUUGCUUAUUAAGGACAAGUCACUGCAUAGAGCUCCUUAUUACUUCCUCUUGGAUCUUUGCUGCUCAGAUAUCCUCAGAUCCGCAAUUUGUUUCCCGUUUGUUUUCACUUCUGUGAAAAAUGGAUCCUCUUGGACCUACGGGACCCUCACUUGCAAAGUGAUUGCCUUCCUGGGCGUUUUGUCCUGUUUCCACACGGCUUUCAUGCUGUUCUGCAUAAGCGUCACCAGAUACUUAGCGAUUGCCCACCACCGCUUUUAUACAAAAAGACUGUCCUUUUGGACUUGUUUGGCAGUGAUCUGUAUGGUGUGGACCCUGUCUGUAGCUAUGGCUUUCCCUCCAGUAUUGGAUGUGGGGACGUAUUCAUUUAUUAGGGAGGAAGACCAGUGCACCUUUCAGCAUCGUUCCUUUAGAGCCAAUGAUUCGCUGGGAUUCAUGCUGCUGCUCGCGCUCAUCCUUCUAGCCACGCAGCUUGUCUACCUCAAGCUGAUCUUUUUCGUUCACGAUCGCAGGAAAAUGAAGCCAGUUCAGUUUGUCGCUGCAGUGAGCCAGAACUGGACAUUUCACGGUCCUGGAGCCAGCGGUCAAGCGGCUGCAAAUUGGCUGGCUGGAUUCGGAAGGGGCCCGACACCACCUACCCUGCUGGGAAUCCGGCAAAAUGCCAACACCACAAGCAGGAGGAGGCUACUUGUCUUGGAUGAGUUCAAAAUGGAAAAACGAAUCAGUAGAAUGUUCUAUAUAAUGACAUUCCUCUUUCUCACCUUGUGGGGGCCCUAUCUGAUCGCUUGCUACUGGAGAGUCUUUGCAAGAGGUCCUGUGGUUCCUGGGGGAUUUCUAACAGCCGCUGUUUGGAUGAGUUUUGCCCAAGCUGGAAUCAAUCCUUUUGUGUGCAUUUUCUCCAACAGAGAGCUGAGGCGCUGUUUCAGCACAACCCUUCUUUACUGCAAAAUCCAGGUUACCAAGGGAACCUUACUGUGUUAUAUGAAGGAGCAUCUCUAAAAUCUUUAGUCUUGUGAAAACACUGCCCUUCUCUACUGAGCAAUUGUGGGGUUACUGUUGCCAUGUCUUGAGGAGAAGAAGAGGAGAAGGAAGAGAACAGCAUUAAAAGAGGAAUGUCAGCAAUUGUAAGGAUUUGGGCAACAACCUUCUACCAUCUUUGCAGUAGCUCAUCAUUAAAUCCUAUUUUGAAAUUAAAUUUAUUCCUGCUGACCAUUGCGGAGGUUUGUAAUUAAGGAUAAAGAACUGAGCCGUUGCUCUAAAAAUGCUUUAAUAUGGUUUGAAAUCUAGGUAAUGAUUCAGAGAGUAGCAGGUGCUAAAUAUAUCAGCCCAAAAUGCUGUAUAUAUACCAUGACGUAAAGUAAGACCAUCACAAAGGUUAGCAUUGGACAUCUGAAUUAAUUAAUUUUGACAUGCGGUUAAUAUGUUAAAACUAAUUUUAGGCACUGGAUGACCUUUCAGCUAUUUCAUAUGAUUAUUAUUUUUUGAAGACUAAAAUCUAGGGACUGACUGAAGUCCUGUAGUUGAUGGGAAACGAUGUGCCAUAUAGUGCUGAAUUUUCAUCCUUUGUUUGUUUAGAGGAACAUUCCAAAGCAAUUCUGUUUUCUAGGUUUUCCCUCUUCCCCUCUUUGGUUUAAAUUAAAGACUUUUAAUGUGUUCUGAGUAUAUUCUUUUUUGUUUAAAACUCUUUCAUUUUGGAUGAAAUAUUACAUGCAUAUAAUUGUAUUCUCUGUUUCCCUUUUAUGUCUUUUUUUAAAAAAUGUAAUUUGAUUUAAUAUCGGUUAGACCCAUUUUAUAUUUUCAAAAGCUAGAUAUCGAUUAGAUAGGCAACAUUAAUGAGAUUAAUGAGAUAUACCACAUGUUGCCUUAAGGGAUUAUCUAGUAUCUUCCAUUUUGUUCAGUAUUUUAGCCGAUAAGUAAAGAAAAAUGAAUCAGUCACUCUAGUCCGUCAUUUGGGAAUGCAUGAAAGAUCACUUAAAUCCUAUUUUUAUUCCCAUGAUUCUCCCAGAUCAGUAUGCCUAUUGCUAGGAUGAUAUGAUUUUUUUCCCACUCUAAAUGUGUUGCCCAUUCUAGUUUUUUCUGCGAAACACAGGCAGUCUAUAUGUGUUUAUAUUUUUAAGACAGCUGUCAUGGGAAGACCUCAGCCUUAGUAAGAUAACUUGCACAAUGUGUAAAGCAUUUAUUCUACUGAGGGCACAGUCUUGUUGAUACUUUCUGCACAUUUUUGGUGUAUUAGUUGUUUCAGAUUAUUUCAAUUUUAACUUGUGAAAGCAUAUAAUAUGAUUUCUAGUACCUUAGAAAGACAUUUGAGUCUGUGAAUCCUUCCUUCUUUAAGAUACAGAUGUGUGGAUUUCAAUAUAAAGUUGCAUUUACCAAAAUUUAUUUGUGUAGCCUGUUAAUUUUCCUUGGAAUAAAUUUUUACAUUU